GGAAAAAUCAAAAAGAAAAAAAAAACAUCCAAGACUAAAUGAUGACCUCUUCAAAUUCUACCCCGUAUUUGCCUUACCGUCUUGAUGGCAAAGUCGCCUUGGUGACGGGCGCUGGUCGUGGUAUUGGAGCUGCCAUGGCGGUUUCUUUGGGGAAAUGUGGUGCAAAAGUCAUUGUCAACUAUGCGAAAUCCUCUGGCCCAGCCAACAAGAUAGUGGAGGAAAUUAAAAGCUUGGGAACCGACUCAGUGGCCAUCCAAGCAGAUGUCAGCCAGGUCUCACAGACUGUGCGCUUGUUCGAGAGAGCCGUCAAAGUCUUUGGGGGACUUGAUAUUGUCUGCUCGAAUGCCGGCGUUGUCUCUUUUGGUCAUCUCAGUGAAGUUACAGAAGAGGAAUUUGACCGUGUCUUCAACAUCAACACUCGUGGACAAUUCUUUGUUGCGCGCGAAGCUUACAAACAUCUCAACUCCCCCGGUCGCAUUAUUUUUAUGAGUUCCAAUACAGCCGACUCAUUUACUGUCCCAAGACACUCGCUGUAUUCGGCGUCAAAAGGCGCGAUAAACACGUUCGUUCGGUGUCUCGCCAAGGAUUGCGGUGACAAGGAGAUCACCGUCAAUGCAGUCGCCCCCGGCGGCACUGUGACAGAUAUGUUCCAUGAAACAGCCAAGGAUUAUCUUCCAAACUCCGAUCAUUUUACAAAAGAACAGAUUCUGGAUAUCGUUGCCAGAGUAUCCCCUUUGACUCGUUGUGGUUAUCCCAUUGAUAUUGCAAAAGUUGUUUGCUUUUUAGCUUCAAGUGAAAGCGAAUGGAUUAAUGGAAAGAUUAUCGGUUUGGAUGGUGGUGCUGCGUAGGAAACUCGCGUUAGGUUCGCGGAUCAUCUUGUAAGCCUCUUACACCGGGCAUAUAUAAUCCUGAUAUAGACUUCCUUCGUCAUCGUAGCUAACAAAAGAUAUAAAAUAAAAGUCUAUAGUGUAAUUUUU